AUGGCGAAAUCCUCUCGGUUUGCGUGGUCCAAGAGCACCCGCAUCAAAGUCAUGAUUGCCAUCGACACGGCCUUCUUCCUUCUUGAGCUGAUAUGCGGAUUUCUGGCGCAUUCGCUGGCACUGACGGCCGAUGCCUUCCACAUGUUAAACGACAUCAUCUCGCUAGCCAUCGGUCUGUGGGCCGUGAUGGCGUCGCAAAAGGCCACUACAGACGAGUUCACCUUUGGCUGGGUACGAGCCGAGAUUCUAGGCGCCUUCUUCAAUGCAGUCUUCUUAAUCGCGCUUUGCGUCUCCAUCAUCCUCGAAGCCCUGACUCGCUUCGUUGAGCCGCCCGAGAUCAACAACCCGAAACUCAUUCUGAUCGUUGGCUGUGCCGGUCUAUUCUCCAACUUGCUGGGCUUUGUGGUUUUGGGAGGUCACGGACACGACCACGGACACGACCACGACCAUGAUCAUGGCGACGGCCACGAACAUGAACAUGCACAUGAACACGACCACGCUCACUCGCACGGCGACCCCUGUGAUCUUGAGGAGGGGCAGUAUGAUGGUGCCUCUAUCGCUGAUGAGCAAGGGGCUGUUGGCGAUGUCCUCCCUGAAGUAAUUGUCAGAAGAGCUGUCGAGACGGGACGCCGAGCUAGCACAGAGAGCCCCGAGACUGCGAGACGCAUUCACUUUGGCGACGAUUCUACAAGUCGAGAUGAGUCCAACACCAGGGCAAGCCGAGCAUCUACCCAAUCCAGGGGCCGAGAGCACCAACGCCAGCCCAACAAAGGCCAUGCCCGCUUCGCUAGCAUCGAGGACAUGAGCAUUCACCCGGCCAGUUUUCGACAGGAGAUUCUAGCUGCUAGUAGAGCUGCAUCAUCCACCGUCUGUGCGACUAGUCAAAAUGACUCUGGAGAGGAGACUCCCUUUACCGACUCGGAGAAUGACGUUAAUGAGGCAUCACCACUUCUCCAGGACUCAAAGGGAUCUCAUCUCUCCUACUCCCACAGCUCUUCCUCUAAGAAACCGAGAACUCGACGAGAUUCUGGUGUGCACAAUGGCCAUAACCACACGCUUCCACAAAAGCCAGGCACCAAGGUCAGCGGUCACAACCAUGCCGAUAUGGGUAUGCAUGCCAUGAUGCUCCAUGUCAUUGGCGAUGCUUUGGGAAAUGUCGGUGUCAUCAUCACAGCUCUCAUCAUCUGGCUCACCGACUGGCCCGGCAAGCUCUACGCUGAUCCGGCCGUCUCUCUCGCGACUCCUGAGAACAUCAGCAUUUCAAAAAUCCGAGAUGAUAUCGAAAGCCUCAGGGGAGUCGUCAGCUGCCACCACAUCCACGUAUGGCAGCUUUCUGAUACCAAGAUUGUUGCCAGCUUGCAUCUCCAAGUGUCCUCCGAACUCGACACGCACAACGGCGAGAAGUACAUGCAGCUAGCCAGGCAGGCCAGAAAAUGCCUGCACGGCCACGGCAUUCACAGCGCCACGAUCCAACCCGAGUUCUGUCUUGAUAAUAGCCACCAGCACGACGGUGACGCAACGGCGCUCACUCAUGACGGAACAUCCGAAGAGCCCGCUCGUCUCUGCCUCCUUGACUGCGUCGAUGAUUGUCGGGCAGAGGGAUGCUGUGUGGUUGAAACUUCCUCGGCGUGUUCAACUCGACGAGCUAGCGAAUCGUCGCAUAGCGCGCACAGCGAAGGCCACAGUCACGGCGAUGGCCACAAUCACCAGCAUUAG